UGUGGCAGAACAACCAAGUUCCAACCAUUAGCUUCAAAGUUUUCCUUAACUCUAUGGGGCUUCCCACCUUCAUCCUUGCAGUUGUUUCUGUCUUCUGCUUUUGUUUGGCCACCUAUGGCAUUGUCGGGAAUGAGACAGACCGACAUGCCUUGCUUGAUUUCAAGGCCAAAAUAAUCUCUGACCCUUUCAUGGUUUUGAGCUCAUGGAACGACACCACCCACUUCUGCCAUUGGCGUGGCGUCACAUGUGGUCGCCGCCACCAAAGGGUCACGGAGUUGCGCCUUUCAUCUCAGAAACUCGUGGGGUCUAUAUCUCCUUCCAUUGGAAACUUGAGCUUUCUAAGGCUUCUGAAUCUCUCAAAGAAUAGCUUCAGUCACAAAAUCGCUCCACAAAUAGGCCAUUUGCGUAGAUUGCUGAUACUACAGUUGUCCAAUAAUUCAUUUGGUGGGAGUAUUCCUGCAAAUGUAUCUCGUUGCUCUAACCUCAAGUUUUUCAGUCUUAGUUAUAACAAUCUGGUCGGGCAUAUUCCUGGUGAGUUUGGCUCCUUGUCAAAGCUCCAAAUAUUUGCUGUCAACAAAAACUUACUAACAGGAAGUAUCCCUCCAUCUCUUGGCAACUUAUCGUCACUUAAGGUAUUUUCAGCACCCUUAAAUUAUCUGAGCGGGCAUAUCCCUGAUACUCUUGGCCAAAUUAUGAGUCUUCAAUAUAUUGCACUUGCUUCAAAUAACUUAUCUGGUACCAUCCCUCCAUCAAUCUUCAAUCUCUCUUUUAUUACAAAUUUUGAUGUGGGAGUUAAUCAAAUUCAAGGGAGUCUUCCGUUGGAGUUGGGCAUAACUCUUCCUAAUCUCCAAAACCUUGCCGUUUCCAUGAACCAAUUUACAGGCUCCAUUCCUCCUUCAAUAUCCAAUGCCUCAAAUCUGGAAAGCCUUACAGUUGGUGAAAACUCUUUUACUGGAAAUGUGCCUUCUUUGGAAAAGCUGCAUAAGCUGUAUAGGUUGAGCACUACCAAUAACUACCUAGGAAGUGGGGAGGCUGAUGACUUAAGUUUUCUCUUAUCUUUAACCAACGCCACCAGCUUAGAACUGUUGGCUAUUGAUGGCAACAAUUUUGGUGGGGUCUUGCCUGAAUGCAUCAGUAACUUCUCAUCUACUCUUAUAUAUUUUUCGAUAAGUGGCAAUAGUAUAGAUGGAACGAUUCCAAGUGGGAUCACGAAUCUUGUCAACUUAGAGAGAAUUUACAUGUGGAAUAACCAAUUGUCAGGUAACAUUCCCACUAAUAUUGGAAAGCUUCAAAGAUUGCAGGAACUGAUUCUACAAGGAAACCAUCUCGCAGGCAACAUACCGGACUCUCUUGGAAAUUUAACUCUGUUAACCAAACUAUCUUUUAUGGACAACAAUUUUCAGGGAAGCAUUCCUUCAAGUCUAGGUAACUGCACCUUCUUGGUCUUAUUGGAUCUUUCUAAUAAUAAUCUUAGUGGUACCAUACCCCCACACGUGAUCGGUCUCUCAUCCUUGGCAAUCUCUCUUGAUUUGUCCCAAAAUCGCUUAAUGGGUCCCCUUCCCAUGGAAGUCGGAAAUCUGAAAAAUCUGGGUGCUUUGUAUAUGGCAGAAAACGUGUUAACGGGUGAAAUUCCAAGUAGUCUUGGCAGUUGUAUUAAGCUAGAGCUUCUAGACAUGCAUGACAACUUUUUCGAGGGGACCAUUCCAUCAAGUUUAGAUUCUUUGAGAGGAAUUCAAGAAUUAGAUCUUUCUCGGAAUAAUUUGUCAGGAAAAAUUCCAAACUUUUUUGUGGGUUUCAACUCCUUGGAUCUUUUGAAUCUAUCUUACAACAAUUUUGAGGGUAUGGUGCCAGCAGACGGUGUUUUCAAGAACUCAAGUGCAACUUCAAUUGUGGGAAACAGUCAACUUUGUGGGGGAAUUGCUGAGAUGCAGUUGCCUAAAUGUAGCGUCAGAGAGACUAAGAAGACGAAAUUGAACUCAACCAUGAAAUUAAUUAUCUCCAUAGUUUGUGGGCUUCUAGGAGUAAUUUUUGUGCUGUCUUUUUUAUUUGUCUAUUGGUUAAGAAGGAAAAGAAAAGAACCCACUUCAAGUUCCUCACGAAAUUUGUUUUUAAAUUUGUCAUACCAAAGUCUCCUAAAAGCCACUGAUGGGUUCUCCCCUGCUAAUUUGCUUGGUGUGGGUAGUUUUGGAUCUGUGUAUAAAGGAAUCAUUGAUGAGGGUCGAAUGAUAAUUGCUGUCAAGGUGCUCAAUCUUCUGCGCCGUGGAGCUUCCAAGAGCUUUCUUGCUGAGUGUGAGGCCAUCAGAAACAUCCGGCAUCGAAAUCUUGUAAAGAUACUAACAGUUUGUUCAGGUAUUGAUUAUCAGGGUAAUGAUUUCAAGGCUAUAGUUUAUGAAUUCAUGGUCAAUGGUAGCCUUGAGGAUUGGUUGCAUCCAAUUGUUAAAGAAGAUGAGACGCACCAGGAGCAAAAGAAUCUGAAUCUUGAUCAAAGAUUGGAUAUCGCAAUUAAUGUUGCGAGUGCAUUGGAAUAUCUCCAUUAUAAUUGCCAAAGUCAAAUCCUCCAUUGUGACCUCAAGCCGAGCAAUGUUCUUCUCGACAAUGAAAUGAUUGGACAUGUUGGAGACUUUGGGUUAUCAAGAUUCUCUCCCGAAGAUAAAGAUAACUCUUCAACCAACCAGUCGAGCUCUAUUGGCGUCAGAGGAACUAUUGGUUAUACUCCUCCAGAGUAUGGUAUGGGAAAUGAGGUGUCUUCCUAUGGUGAUAUAUAUAGCUAUGGGAUCCUCCUUUUAGAAAUGUUUACCGAAAAGAGACCCACAGAUGACAUGUUCCAAGGCACUCUAAAUCUACAUUCCUUUGUCCAAGAAGCUUUGCGUGAACGAGUGGUCGAGAUUGUGGAUCCAAUAAUCUUUCAGGGAGAAGAAGAAGAAACAAUUAUGAAUGGUGCUCAUAAUAAUAGCAACACUAGAAGAAGCAAAAUUCAGGAGUGCUUGAUUUUGAUGUUUGAGAUUGGAAUUGCUUGUUCUGUUGAACAGCCCCAAGAACGUAUGAACAUGAAAAAUGUUGUAACUGACCUUCAUUUGGUCAAAAAGAGACUUCUUAAAACCAGAAUGCAUGCCGGUGGCCAAAUUACAAGUAGACCAUAACAUCAACAGGUAAUAUUGGUACGUAGCUUAGUAGCUUGGUAGCUUGGUGAAGGAGAUUGAUGAGGAGUCCAAUAUAUAGUACUAUUUGAUGAU